CUACUUUGUGUCACGCAUAUAGACGGCUCAUCUCCCCUUUCUUCGACGCCCCUUUGGUAGAACUUUCAGACAGUAUUUCCGUUUCACAAGAGUCGAAGCUAUUCCCAUCCUUCUUUAAAAAUGGGUAAUACCCUUCUGAACCCUUGCAGCACGACCGCUGCGGCAGUUUCAGGACAAAUAUUGGCUUGUGAUAAUGGUUUAACGACGCAACAAGGGGCAUGUACAUUCAACCCUUUUUUCCUCCUCUUCACAACGUCGGCUCAGGCCUGCCUGUGUCCAGCUGGAUACUACCUGACGUAUAACCUUACCGCCUCCCCAGAUAUCGAUGUUGACUGUACAAGCAUAUCAGGCACACCUUGUCGUUCUGAUUUGGAUUGCAACUCCAGGGCCUCGGACUGUUUGGGUAUAUCAUCGUUCAGUCAAGUCAACUUCGAUGGCAGCGGUACCACGUCUACUGUCUCCCAAGACAUUGUAGACUUUCUCUUACCAGCUGUAUCUUUGAUAUGCAGCUUCAAUGAUAUAUACUUGGUGUCGAGAAUACCCGUUUACUUUUGUGAUGGGGCUGCUAAUGCGAUAGGUCGAUGCGAAGCAAUCGAAUCUGGCCCAUACGAAACUCCGCCAAUAGAUGUACCGUUCUACCAGAAUAUCACACUUACCCAGGGAGUGAUUCGAGAUCUCAACCGCCGCCUGCUUUUCACGAGAUAUCCCGUGACGUACAACCAAAGCGACCCGUUGACCUUUUCGUCUGUCAACGUGCUGAGCGGACUUAUUCCCUGAGCUUGGAUGAAGCCAUCAAAAUGACUUGAAAAGAAAGGUUUUACUGGAAAAAGUCCAAUAGUGGCCACUAGGCAAUCAUUGCCGAAAAAAUCAGGGUUCAUGUAACAGAGAACCCGUCCCCGUCACAUUUGUGCAGGUUAAGGUUAACACGAUAAAAAUUCGGCCGGGGUUUAGCUAUAACGUCAGUGGGUCAGGAAUAUCUGUCAUAGGGGGGUGGGGGAAGGGGGUCUGGUAGAGGAUUUGAACCGGUGUAACGAAACUAAGGGUCAGUGUAACAAAAAGUUCACCCUCCCUUUAGUUAUAAUGGUUAGAGUUAGCGUGACCUAAGUGGGCUUACCUUUACAUAUGAAUAGAUGGGGGACUCUGUCACGUUACACCGUGUUGAUUAUCAAUAUUACGUAGUUAGCACGUUCCGGCUAAAGAUAUUUUAGACGUUAAAUUCGGACGUUAAUAAACUUGAAUGAAGUAUUAUU